AUGGUGAACAGCUGGAAUAUUGCUGAAAAGGAUGCCUUUUUACGUUUUGCACCAAAAUAUUUUGAUUAUAUCAAGGAAACAAUCGAUACGCCUAGUAUUCUUGCCAAGAUCUUUGGUUUUUAUACUGUCCAGAUGCGAACAAUGGAUGACAAGAAACAAGUCUUGAAUAUAGAUGUAAUUGUGAUGGAACAACUUUUUUAUGGACAAUCUAUUUCCAAGAUAUUUGAUUUCAAAGGAAUUCCUGAUCGACAAGUGGAUGAAGAAAGAAGAAGUCAACCGGAUGUUACUUUAUGGGAUGGUGAUUGGCGAGAAGGAUAUCGUAUGGGGUAUGUGACUCAUGAACAAUCAAGAGAAUGGGUUCAAACAGCUAUUGAACGUGAUACUCAGUUUCUUUCCAAUGGUAACAUCAUGGAUUAUUCUCUUUUGGUUGGUGUGGAUAAAAUAAAGAAAGAGUUGACCGUUGGUAUUGUCGAUUUUAUCGGUGCUUAUACUUGGUACAAGAAAAUCGAAUCAAAAAGCAAAUCUACCAUUCAUCGAAAUCGUGAAGUCACAGUCCUACCUCCUGAUCAAUAUCGUUUACGAUUCUGUAGAGAAGUUUUUGAUUACUUUAUUCCAGUAGCCGGUAAUCUAUGA